CUUUGUUUUUGCUUUGGGAUACCUCACUGUGUGCCAAAUUACUAGAGUCUAUAUCUUUGAUUAUGGACAGUAUUCUGCUGAUUUUUCUGGUCCAAUGAUGAUAAUUACACAGAAGAUCACUAGUUUGGCAUUUGAGAUUCAUGAUGGAAUGUUUCGGAAAACUGAAGAUUUGACUCCAUCACAGAGGUGCUUGGCUGUAAGACGUAUGCCAAGUCUACUGGAGUAUUUAAGUUACAACUGUAAUUUCAUGGGUAUCCUGGCAGGCCCGUUAUGCUCUUACAAAGACUAUAUUACUUUCAUUGAAGGCAGAUCAUAUCAACUGCAACAAUCUGAAGCAAAUGGGAAGGAAGAUACAAAGUAUGAACAAACGGAUCCUUCUCCAAAUAUAGCCGUGGCACAGAAACUCUUAAUCUGUGGACUGUCCUUACUCUUCCACAUGACUAUUACAAAAACUUUGCCUGUGGAAUACAACAUUGAUGAUAACUUCCGAGCUACAGCAUCGUGGCCUGUAAGGUUUUUCUACCUAUACGUGUCUCUUAUGGCUGCCAGGCCUAAGUAUUAUUUUGCAUGGACUUUAGCAGAUGCAAUUAACAAUGCAGCAGGGUUUGGUUUUAGAGGCUAUGAUAAAAAUGGAGUUACACAUUGGGAUCUAAUAUCAAAUCUGAGAAUCCAGCAAAUAGAGUUUUCCACAAGCUUCAAGAUGUUUCUUGAUAACUGGAAUAUCCAAACAGCUCUUUGGCUUAAAAGAGUGUGCUAUGAGCGAGCCACCUUCAGCCCAACGAUCCAAACCUUCAUCCUCUCUGCCAUUUGGCAUGGGGUUUACCCAGGCUAUUAUUUAACAUUUUUAACAGGAGUUCUAAUGACGCUAGCAGCACGAGCUAUAAGAAACAAUAUCAGACACUAUUUUGUUGAAUCUCCUGCUGUUAAACUAUGUUAUGAUAUUAUAACAUGGAUGGCAACUCAAGUAGCAAUAAGUUACACAGUCGUGCCAUUUGUACUGCUCUCUGUGAAACCCUCUUUCACUUUUUACAGCUCCUGCUAUUUCUGUCUUCAUAUUGCCAGUAUCCUGGUGUUGUUGGUAUUUCCAUUGAAAAGAACUCAAAAAGGAAGUAAAAAGCAUGAAAGCGUCCAGCCCGUGUGGUCCAGAAAGCUAGAAGAAGAAGAAAAUCUUUUGCAAAAGAACAGUUAUUCCACAACAAAUAAUAGUUUCAGUCAGAAACAAGAAAUAACCUGCAGAUAUCAAGCAUUAAAACAGUGAUUGAGGAAAUACUAUGAUGAAUAUAUUUUGUAUGUUUUCAGAAACCCAUUUUUAGCACCUUUUAAAGGGGUUUGUAUUUGUUUGCAAAGAUGUUUAGUAAGAAAAGAAUGCAUUAUCUAGGAAAAUCACAUACAAUAGCAAGACUGGAAACAAAACAAAUUAACCCCUCCCAUGCCAUGUCCCUGUGGGUCACGCCUUAUAUGAAGAUGUUACCAUUAUUUCAAUGGGCACUCAGGACUUGCAACGUAUGUCCAUAGGGUCAUAUGUGUGCCCUUUGCUGAAUGUACGUUGUGUAUCCCAAGGCACUGAUGGGGUGGAAUAAAAUUGUGUCAAUCUAGGAUUAACAAAUGGAAGUUAAUUUUUCCAAAUGAAUAACUUGCCUUAAACCCUCUAUUUACUGAAAUAUUGUUUCUAAGUGGGUAUUUUAAAGUUUGAUUUUAUGUGGAAAGCAUAUUUCAAAUAUAUUAUACCAUAUGCUAUAAAGAAGAUAAAAAUAGGAAAUGCAGAGUCAAUAGAAGGCUUUGGAAUCUUUAAAAGGGAAUUGCAAUAAGCAUCUCAGUAUUUGGAGGGUUUUCUUAAAGUAUCUCAAACUAUUACAAUACAUUACGGAACUGUAAACAUUACUGAUGCCAAAUUAUAGUUAGGUUUCUUUGAUAAAGAGUAUAAUUACACAUAGCCCUUCUGAAUGGGAAAAAAAAACAAACAAACAACACACCACCAGAAGAUUCACCUUUUCAGGGCUUGAUAGCUCUAAUCUUUUUUUUUUUUUUUUUUACUUUAAAGUAGCUAAAAACAAUAAAAAGAAACCACUGUCAAGUGGGCUUUGUAGCUAGAGAAGGAAAGGCAGCCAUAGGACACAGAAGACAAUGCGCAAGCACCAGGAUUUCAAUGAAAGUGUGUUUUUACCCUUAAAUACCAGAAAUAUUUGCUCUAGAAUAGAGCUGUUUUAC